UAUUUUGGGCCAUCACGCUCUCCUUAGUUGGAAAGUCUUGCGCAUGCGUGUUGUACCUUUGGGUAAAACACUAGCAUCGAUUGAAAUAUGUCAGAAAAAAAUGAAGUCGAUUUAACAGGUGCUAAGCUGAAUACGGGAGUGUGGCUUGUGAAGGUACCCAAAUACCUGUCACAGCAAUGGGCAAAAGCAACAGGCAGAGGCGAGGUCGGGAAACUUCGAAUCAGCAAGAAAGGAAACCAGGGAAAAGCCGAGGUGUCCUUCACUUUGAAUGAGGAGCUGACCAUCAUUGAAGGUAUAGAGGAUAAGACGGUGUCUGCCCCGCGCGAGCAUCCUUUCACCAUGCAGUCAGUGGGAGGACAGACGUUGGCCGUCUUCACAGAGAGUUCAUCUGGCCAGUCAGAAGAAAGAUCUGAUGGCAGCAGCUCAGGGGCGGGGUCAGGUCCAGAUAAAAUAGCCUUGGAGGGAGUUGUGGUUCAGAGAGCGGAGUGCAGACCAGCGGUUAGUGAAAGCUAUAUGAAAUUGAAGAGGUUACAAAUUGAGGAGUCCUCCAAACCAUCCAGGCUCUCGCAGCAGUUGGCAAAACCUGUCACCAACUACAAACCUGUGUCCAACCAUGAGUACAAUCGUGAAUAUGAGAAGAAGAAGAAGGAGGAAGGGAAGAGGGCGAGAGCUGACAAACCGCAGGUUUUGGACAUGCUGUUUUCUGCUUUUGAGAAGCACCAGUACUACAACAUCAAAGACCUGGUGGAUAUCACCAAACAGCCUGUGAUCUACCUUAAAGAAAUCUUGCGUGACAUUGGCAUCUACAACGUGAAGGGAACCCACAAGAACACCUGGGAGCUCAAACCAGAAUACAGGCAUUACCAGGCUGAGGAGAAGACUGACGAAUAGUUUUGACAGGACUGUACUUGUAGCCAUACCUCAGAUGUGAACUCACUUCCAGAUGUACCUACAUAAGAUUUUAAAACAUACCAGAUAAAGUUAAUGAUUUAAGAUUUGGUAUUUCCAACAAUUUUUCAGCCAGUUUCUGCAUAUUUUCCUGGUAACUAGAUUUAAAGAGGCAUGAAGAAUAUUUUAAUAUUCAAAAUGUGUUGUGGCAACAGUAAUGUUUACAAAAGUGUACAGCUGAUGGUGGCUUUGAUGCUGAAAUGCCAAUGUUGUGAACUAGUUUUAUUCCAUUACAAAGGAGUUCAGCUUUUAUGGAAGAAAAGAUCUUUUGCUGUAUAUAAAGAUUUUUACUGAG